UACGUUUGGUUUGGACCGUUCCGUUUUGUUACGUACUUCUAUAUUAAAUGUGUUUCUGUCUAAAACAGUAGAGACGUCAGAAAUAAAAGGGGCGACGUAAUAAAAAAAUUAAAUGUCUGCACUUUUACUACAUAACUAAUAUAUAAAUUUGAAUCAGAGCCAAAUGGUAUGGUCUCUUGAAUAUCUAAAAGUAUCCAAUCGAUGUAUUAAAUGAAUAGAAUGGAAAGAACACUCGUCAAUUCAUCUACUGAAACACAGCUUUGUACAUAUUGUGGAACGACAUUAUGGAUGUGUAUAAAUAUAUGUUCAGUGAGUGCAACACUAAUUGGUAAUAGUUUAACUAUUUCGGCGAUUUUAUUUAGUAAAAAGUUGAAUUCCGUAAUUUCGAAUUAUUUUGUGUUCAGUUUAGCAGUGAGUGAUUUGCUGGUUGGUGUUUCGAUACCAUACCAUAUGUGCUUUUAUAUUAUGGCGGACUUUGGAAAAAGUGAAUCUAACUGUUUGUUUCGGUUCGUUUUGACAGCUUUUGCAUGUGCAACUUCUAUUUGCAACUUAUUUUUCAUUGCAACCGACCGAUACAUAGCUAUCAUAUAUCCUCUACAUUACAGUAGGUUCAUGACCAAACGAAUUGCUGUCAUUUUAAUAAUAAUCGGAUGGCUAGCUUCGUUUUCUAUUGCUGCCAUACCGAUAGUUUGGAACGAUUGGCGUGAGGGAGUCAAGUGCGAUGUGAUAAAUAUACUGCCAAAUAAUUAUUUGAAAUUCAUACUAACUCCUGUAUUUGUAUUAAUAUGGAUUAUGAUGUUUAUCCUGUAUGCAAGAAUAUGUAAAGAAGCAUCCGGUCACGCGAAAAGAAUUCGAGGCUCUUCCAACAUACAAAGCUCACUGACCCUAAAGGAUACAAAAUCAUUUCAGGUAAAAAUAUAA